GGCCAUGAUCAAUCUCGGCCACAUUCGACCCGACGACGAAGGAGAAGCCCCCCACCGACCAAGAAGAGCGGCGCCGUAAUGACCAAAUGAUGUCGUGUUCCUCGCGGAGCAUCUCCAGAACCAUCUGGCUCGCGCUCCUCAUCAUCCUCCACACGCGCAUCUGCAUCGUCGCCGUACCCCCUCGACAACUGUUCCCACUGACUGACACGCACGAAAGGUCAUCCUUUUUUUCCUUGUCGCGCAGGGCCUCCUCACGCGUUACACGCCCAGCAUCCGAGUCGCUAAAAGCGAUACCGGCAUUCACGCACUCCACAGCGCCUGCUCUCCUUCUGGGUGUCUCGAGUUUCGACGGGAAAGAGCAGCGAGGGAGCGAUGGCGAGCGACAGUGGAGAGGUAAGGAACAAGCAAGUGGUGUUCGGGGGCUACGUGAGCGGUUUCCCCAAGGAGACGGACAUGGCGGUGCGUGAAUCCACCAUGGAGCUGCGCCUCCCGGAGGGAUCGAGCGGCCUUCUCGUGAAAAAUCUCUACUUGUCCUGCGAUCCGUACAUGAGGACCCGCAUGGCGAAGCUCGAUGUCCCGGGCUAUGUCGAUUCCUUCAAGCCUGGUUCGCCUAUUACUGGAUAUGGAGUAGCUAGAGUUUUGGAAUCUGGGCAUCCAAACUUCAAGAAAGGCGACUUGCUUUGGGGUUACACUGGAUGGGAGGAGUAUAGUCUAAUUACCGCGCAAGAAACUUGCUUUAAGAUUGAACACACCGAUGUUCCUCUGUCUUACUACACUGGCCUUUUGGGUAUGCCAGGCAUGACGGCUUAUGCCGGGUUUUUCGAGGUAUGCUCUCCUAAGAAAGGAGAGACUGUUUUCAUAUCAGCUGCAUCAGGAGCCGUUGGUCAGCUUGUUGGGCAGUUUGCAAAGUUGUUUGGUUGUUAUGUCGUCGGCAGCGCCGGUAGCAAAGAGAAGGUUGAUUUGCUGAAGAACAAGUUUGGAUUCAAUGAUGCUUUCAACUACAAGGAGGAACUGGAUCUGGAUGCAGCACUGAAAAGAUGCUUCCCCGAGGGGAUCGAUAUCUACUUUGAAAAUGUUGGCGGAAAGAUGCUUGAUGCGGUGCUGCUCAACAUGAAAAUUCAUGGCCGAAUCGCGGUAUGUGGAAUGAUCUCACAGUACAACCUCGAGCAGCCCGAAGGCGUACGCAACUUGAUGAACAUUAUAAUGAAGCGGGUUCGAAUGGAAGGUUUCUUGGUGUUCGAUUACUAUCAUCUCUACCCGAAGUUCCUGGAGAUGGUAUUGCCUCAGAUCAAAGAGGGGAAGAUUGUGUAUGUGGAAGACAUGGCCAAGGGUCUUGAGAACGCUCCGGCAGCUCUCAUCGGGCUGUUCUCCGGCCGCAAUGUCGGGAAACAAGUGGUAGUGGUUUCUCACGAAUGAGUCAGCUUUCUGUACUUUUUCUUGGGCGUAGUCUCCUCUUUUCUCAUGUUUUCAAAAUGGUUUCAUUUCUGUUUGUCUUUGUGUUGCCGUUCCGUUGUGCGAGGACAUAGAGGUUGUUUCUUUCUUUGGGGAUACAGAGGACGCUUGGUUGUAAAUGUGUCUCGUGUAACAUGGGACCAUCUGGUUGGGUUGUUUUCAGGUAGCAAUGUUGGAAAACUGGUGGUUUGUAGCUUUUCGCGAAUGAGUCGCUU